UAUUUUCAGUUUUUAUGAGAUUAUAGAUAACGUUUCGGCGGUUUCAGUGAUGGCGGAAGGGGGAUUCUGCGAUUUUUCACCCGGUGUAGACGGCAGUAUUUUAUCUCAAAUGUACCACGAACGUGCAGGGGCUCAAAAUUUCGAUGAAUCUAGAGACAAACCUCAUGGCCCUGGCUUUUACCAGGAUCAGUACUCAACAGUAGAAGAAAUGGCUGCCAGUACAAUACAGGCAAUGUCUAACCAGAAUCGUCAAAGCAAUGUAUUGGGAACCCCUACUGCCACCACAGCUGCUGCUGGUCUGUUCGAACCACACUUACAUUCAUCUAUGAACUAUGCUCUCAAACCUGAAAAAGGUCUUCCACCUACUCCCCCAGGGAGCCCCAGUGAAGGAACCCCCUCCCGGCAGCACCUGGCAAAGCCAGUCCCCAUGAGGAGACGGUCGGAAAAAAGUGUCUCCCAGACCAGAUUGGCCAUGUCAAACUCUUAUGAGGCUUCCAUGAUUGAGCAUAGUGCAGCCCUCUAUGGACAUGCAGCUGCAGCAGCAUCAGCAUCUUCACCGACUCUAGCCCGUGCUCUAGCAGCAGUGCAGCAGACACAGAAGCGACCACGGAGUGAGAAAAAACCCAUUCCUAACGAACAGAAAGAUGGCAAGUACUUUGAACGCCGAAAGAGAAAUAAUUUGGCUGCCAAGAAGUCAAGGGAUGCUCGCAAAGCAAGGGAAGAUGAAAUUGCCAUUAGGGCCAGCUUUCUGGAAAAAGAAAAUGCCAUCUUACGAGCCCAAGUAGGGACUUUGAGGGAAGAGGCAAACUCAUUAAAACAACUCCUCCUACAAAAGAGGUCAAGGCCAUGAUCUCUGAGAAAAAUCCAAGAUGUCCAGCCGGUGUUAAAUAUUUUUUAUUUACUUUUUUUUUUGUUAUUUAAAUUUCUUUUGCAAUAAAGUUUUAAUUAUUGUAACACUAAAAUUUUUUAAAACAUCAUUGCAAUUUCAAUCAUCUUUGAAAAACUUUUUUUUUCAAAGCCGGUGUCAGUAAACUGUUAGAAGUUUUACAAAUGUGUGGUAUGGUUAUUUUUUAAAGUAUCUUCAUGUAUAAUUUUAAUAAUGAAGACUUGAGGAGCUCAUUUAUUUGUUAGUA